AUGUCCACCCCCAAGUCGUUCCGCUAUGUCAUAGAGCACAUGGAGGAGGAUGACGCUUCGACUCACGCUCUUCCCGCAUGGGUCCGCCUCGAGUACGCUCACAUGCUAAAGCGUGUCGGCUCGAGCUCUUCCGUCCACUUCACCUCCCUCUCCUCGACCUCCGUCAAGCCGCUCGCGGACUACCUCAACUCGCCCAAAGCCCAGCUCCACACCGAACCCAUCCUCAAGAUGCUCGAGAAAGCCUCGCCGCCUAUCCCGCAGGCAAGGGUAUGCCUCUUGGAUCCGAGAGCGCCGAAAGAGCUCUGUCCGGGAGAUGCGGAGCUGUUUGACGUGUUCCUCUAUGGUGGAAUAUUGGGGGAUGAUCCGCCCCGGGACAGAACGGGGGAAUUGCGGAAGCUGGGAUUCGAGGGGAGACAUCUCGGGGCGACGCAGAUGACGACGGAUACGGCUGUGGGGGUGACGAAGAUCGUGGUUGAGGAUGGAGUGAAACUGAACGAGAUACCAUACGUAGACUUCCCGACCAUCAGCUUCAAUGCCCAUGAAUCUAUCGAGAUGCCAUUCCGCUACGUCGCAGACGAGAAGAAUGAGCCCAUACUUCCGCCAGGAAUGAAGGAGCACCUGAAAGCGGACCUCGACCGAACGAUAGAUGACUUCUAG